AUGUGCUUCUGGAGAAAGCUUUCUGUAUUCUGGGUGCCAUUGUUCCUUCUACUCAGCCUGAUUCCCUUGACUGAGACAGAAAAACCCUCAACUCCAGACAGCAGCGGCACUUGGAGUCCAGGGCAACUGACGGAAAUUCUACAUGUUCUCUCUGCACAAGAGCCCACCCCCCUGAACCACUCGAGAAGCCUCAUCAGAACUCUGCUAGAGAAAACCGGGUGCCCACGGAGGACAGACGGAAGGCAAGGAGAUUGCAAUCUGUGCUUCGAUCCAGAUGCCCUGUUACUAAUAGCUGGAGGAGAUAUCGAGGAUCAGCUCAGAGAGGAAGUGGUCCAGAGAGUUUCUCUUCUCCUCCUCUAUUACAUCAUUCAUCAGGAAGAGAUCUGCUCUUCCAAGCUCAACAUGAGUAAUAAGGAGUAUACAUUUUACCUACACAGCCUUCUCAGCCUCAGGCAGGAUGAAGACUCCUAUUUCCUUUCACAGAAUGAGACGGAAGAUAUCCUGGCUUUCACCAGGCAGCACUUUGGCACUUCCAGAAGCCAGUGUAUGGAAACCAAAGUGCUGCAGAAAAAAUCUGGUGUCUCAAGCAGUGAUGGUGCCGAUGAAAAUACACUUCCUCAGUUGGCGGAGACAGUCAUUGCUUUGUCCCUCCAAGGUGUUUGUCUGGGACAAAGAAACUUGCCGUCCCCAGACUAUUUUACAGAAUAUAUUUUCAGUUCCUUGAAUAGUACAAAUACUCUCCAUCUAUCAGAACUAGACCAACUCCUCAACACUCUCUGGACUAAAAAUACCUGUAUCAGAAAAGAUAGAAUCCAUCAACUUCAAAGGAAACAAAACAACCUAACAAUCCAUGAUUGGGCCUACCCUAAUGGAUCUGUAUCCAAGGACCCAGAAUCAGAUGACCGUCUAAUUUCCUGGGAUCAGACUUGCUUCUCUGCUGGACAAUUGGUGGAGAUAUUUCUACAGAACAAGCUUUCAGCCAUUUCUAAGGAGGACUUUAAGCAAAUGAGUCCAGGAAUCAUCCAGCAAUUACUGAGCUGUUCUUGCCAGCUGCCCCAGGACCAACAAGCAAAGCUGGCACCCCCAACUCCGGAGAAAUACGGCUACAGCACCAUGGCAGUAACGCUGCUCACGCUGGGCUCCAUGCUCGGGACGACCCUGAUCCUUUUCCACUGCUGCGAGGAGAACUACAGGCUCAUUUUACAGCUGUUUGUGGGUCUGGCUGUUGGGACACUUUCUGGGGAUGCUCUCCUGCAUUUGAUCCCUCAGGUUCUUGGUUUACAUAAGCAGGAAGCCUCAGAGUUUGGACAUUUCCAUGAAAACAAGGGCCAUAUUUGGAAACUGUUGGGAUUAAUUGGAGGCAUCCAUGGAUUCUUCUUAAUAGAAAAAUGUUUUAUUCUUCUUGUAUCACCAAGUGCCGAGCAGGGCAUGUCACUGGUUAAUGGGCAUAUGGGACAUUCCCACCAUCUUGCAUUCAACACUGAAUUAAGUGACCAGUCAGGCAGAGGCAAGUCUGCUUCAACUAUCCAGUUGAAAGGCCCAGAAGAUGCACAGGCAGCUGAAAUUCCUAUAGGCAGUCUGAACGCCCCCAACAGAAAAUGCAAAACCAUUAGCUUGUUAGCAAUAAUGAUCCUGGUUGGGGACAGCCUGCAUAAUUUUGCAGAUGGUCUAGUCAUAGGAGCGGCCUUCUCAUCUUCAUCCGAGUCAGGAGUGACCACAACAAUUGCUAUCUUGUGUCAUGAAAUUCCCCACGAAAUGGGAGACUUUGCUGUGCUCUUAAGCUCUGGACUUCCUAUUAAGAUUGCCAUCCUGAUGAAUUUUAUAAGUGCUUUAACUGCCUUCAUAGGACUGUAUAUUGGCCUCUCGGUAUCCACGGAUCCAUGUAUUCAGAACUGGAUCUUAACAAUUACUGCUGGGAUGUUCUUAUAUUUGUCCUUGGUGGAAAUGCUUCCUGAAAUGACUCAUGUUCAAACACAGCGACCGUGGUUCAUGUUUCUCCUGCAGAACUUUGGACUGACCCUAGGUUGGCUUUCCCUCUUACUCUUGGCUAUAUAUGAACAAAAUAUUAAAAUAUAAGUUGAGUCUCAAAAUCCUUCAAAAAUCAAUUUCUAUGGCGUCAUUUUGUUUCUUUUGUUGUAUUCUAUAGUGAUUUAUAAAUUAAAUAUUUUUAUCUUAGGUGAAGUGUGUGUCUUUUAGUUCAUUAACUUACUGAUUUUAUAAUGCAAUUUUGUUUCUAUAGUGUAUAAAUGUCAGGUUGUACUUAAUUGAAUUUUUGUUGUUAGUUUCCAACACUGUGACGGAACUCACACCUUUUUAGUAACUCAUACGCUCUAAAUUAAUUCUAGUAAACUUUCAAAAAAUAUUUUUUCCCUAGUAAAGGAUGUUUGUUUGUAGUAUUUGAAGUGGACAGAUGUGUGUUGGGUUAAAAUCCGCUGUAACUUCUUUGAUGUCAAUAAUAUAUUUUUUGUGUGUAUGUGAGAUUAUAAACCAUAAGCAAACUAAACUACAAACAAAUGUAAUAAAGUCUUGUUUUAAUGUGA